UAGGGUGAGCCCGCCGGAGUUGUCUCCGUUCUCUGGUCUGAGCCCAGACUCUUCCUGCUCCCAGGCCGAAAAUUCUCGGAGCAGGCCGAAGUAGGCGAGUGCCGAUGGCGUCGACUCCCUUAAAGAGACAGGUGCUCUUCGGCGGCGGAUGGGCAGUGUGGGCUCGGCCGCUGGUGCUGAGGCUCCGGGGCGCCCAGUAGGAAGGUGGGGGCUCGCCCUUGCCCACCGCCGCCGCGACCCGCGAAGUACCGCGGGGUGCCCGGGGGUCCCCCAGUCAGGGCCGCCCCACGGGGCAGCGUCAUCUGAUGCUGUUUCCUGCAAGAGGGAGAAGAGCGGAAAAAAGCGAAACUCCACCCCCGUCGCCGCCGCCCGCCACCGCCGCCUCCUGCCUGGGCUCAACUCGGCUCAGCCGCCUCCCACCCGUUCCCGGGGCCAGAGUCGAUAGAGGCGGAGGAAAUAGCACUAGAGCCGGCCGUCCCCUCCCUCCCAUGCCCCCCAGGCGGCGUCCCCAGGGCCCCCCUAGCCCUGCGAUGCGGGGGGCCGACAGGCGGGACUGCAGGGGCCCCCGGCGGCCGCGGCCGUGGAGUCUGUGAUCGCGGGGCACCCCGCCAUGGAGCCCCUCAAGAACCUGCUCCUCAAGAGCCCGCUGGGGCCCUGGGGCGGAGGGGGUCGGACUGACGGGCCCCCCAAGGCCGGUUACCCCGGCCCCGUGUGGACGGCGCUCUUCGACUAUGAGGCCAGCGGGCGCGAUGAGCUGACCCUGCGCAAGGGCGACCGCGUGGAGGUGCUGUCCAGGGAUGCGGCCAUCUCAGGAGACGAAGGCUGGUGGGCGGGCAAGGUGGGCGACCAGGUUGGCAUCUUCCCCUCCAACUACGUGUCCCGGGGUGGUGCCCCGCAGCCGGAGGUGGCCCGCUUCCAGGAGCUGCGCUUGGAGGAGGUGAUUGGCGUGGGGGGCUUCGGCAAGGUCUACCGAGGUAGCUGGAGGGGCGAGCUUGUGGCUGUCAAGGCUGCCCGCCAGGACCCAGACGAGGACAUCAGCGUGACGGCUGAGAGCGUCCGCCAAGAGGCGCGCCUCUUCGCCAUGCUGGCGCACCCCAACAUCAUUGCACUGAAAGCCGUUUGCCUGGAGGAGCCCAACCUGUGCCUGGUGAUGGAGUAUGCGGCUGGUGGGCCCCUCAGCCGGGCUCUGGCAGGCCGGCGGGUCCCCCCUCAUGUGCUGGUCAACUGGGGGGUGCAGAUAGCCAGGGGGAUGCACUACCUGCACUGUGAGGCCCUUGUGCCUGUCAUCCACCGGGACCUCAAGUCUAACAACAUCCUGCUGCUGCAGCCUGUGGAGGGGGACAACGUGGAACAGAAGACCCUGAAGAUCACCGACUUCGGCCUGGCCCGAGAGUGGCACAAGACCACCCAGAUGAGCGCGGCGGGCACCUACGCCUGGAUGGCCCCCGAAGUCAUCAAGGCCUCCACGUUCUCCAAGGGCAGCGACGUCUGGAGCUUCGGGGUGCUGCUGUGGGAACUGCUGACCGGAGAGGUGCCCUACCGGGGCAUCGACGGCCUGGCCGUGGCCUAUGGAGUGGCCGUGAACAAGCUCACCCUGCCCAUCCCCUCCACCUGCCCCGAGCCCUUUGCACAGCUCAUGGCCGAGUGCUGGGCCCAGGACCCCCACCGCCGGCCCGACUUCUCGGCCAUCCUGCAACAGCUGUCGGCCCUGGAGGCCCAGGUGCUGAGGGAGAUGCCCCGGGACUCCUUCCACUCCAUGCAGGACGGCUGGAAGCGCGAGAUCCAAGGCCUCUUCGACGAGAUCCGAGCCAAGGAAAAGGAGCUGCUGAGCCGAGAGGAGGAACUGACCCGGGCGGCUCGGGAGCAGCGCUCCCAGGCCGAGCAGCUGCGCCGCCGCGAGCACCUGCUGGCGCAGUGGGAGCUGGAGGUGUUUGAGCGCGAGCUGACCCUGCUCCUGCAGCAGGUGGACCGCGAACGGCCGCAUGUGCGCCGCCGCCGAGGCACCUUCAAGCGCAGCAAGCUGCGGGCCCGGGACGGAGGCGAGAGGAUCAGCAUGCCUCUGGACUUCAAGCACCGGAUCACCGUGCAGGCCUCUCCUGGCUUAGACCGGAGGAAAAAUGUCUUUGAGGUCGGGGCCGGGGACUCGCCCACCUUUCCUCGCUUCAGGGCCAUCCAGUUGGAAGCCCCAGACACAGGACAGGUUUGGGGUCGCCAGUCCCCUCGGCGAUUGGAAGACCCAGGAAAUGGGGAGCGCCGGCCAUGCUGGGCCUGGGGGCCCGGUUCCCCUAAGCCAGGGGAGGCUCAGAAUGGGAGGAGACGGUCCCGAAUGGAGGAGACGACGUGGUACCUGGACUCCAAUGACCCUUCCCCUCUGGGGUCCCCGUCCACACCCCCCACACUCAAUGGGACUAGACUGCAGCACUUGGGCCUGGCAUCAUACAGAAGCAGAGGACUGGAGGGAGAAACUGAGGCCUCCGACUCUGAACGCGAUGUCCGUCCCCCAGAGCCUGAGGAGCCACGGCGGCCGGGCCCCUCGGACCGGAGCGGGACCCCCAAGAUUAUCCAGCGUGCCUUGCUCCGGGGGACAGCCCUGUUAGCCUCCCUGGGGCUGGGCCGGGACCUUCAGCAGGCUGGCAGCGGGGCACGUGACAAGGGAGAUGCCACCCCCGAAGAGGCGCUGUCUUCGCCGCCCUCCCCCCUCAUCCGCUUCUCUCCCAAAACGCCAGAUGCCCCGACCUCGCCCCUGAACCUGGACACGGAGACGCCUCCCAGCCCCCCACUGCUUGACCUGGGCACCCCUGGGGGGCAGCCCUCUGCCAAAAGCCCCCGCCGAGAGGAGGAGACGCGGGGGGGAGCCGUCUCCCCGCCUCCUGGGGCCUUCCGUUCUCCGCCCGGCACCCCCCGAUCCCCGACGCUGGGCCUCAUCGGCAGGCCUCGGCCUUCGCCCCUCCGGAGCCGCAUCGACCCGUGGAGUUUUGUGUCCACUGGACCCCGCCCGUCCCCCCUUCCAUCUCCACAGCCUGCCCCACGUCGGGCCCCCUGGACCCUGUUCCCAGACUCAGACCCCUUCCGAGACCCCCCGCCUUUCAACCCUUUCAGCCCAGGGUCCCCACAGAACAGCAGAGCCCAGACCAAAGACAUGGGGGGCCAGGCUCCUUGGGGAGCCACAGGACCAGAGGGGAGCCCCUGAGCGAGGGGGGAAAGACACACCCAACUGAGGCGGGGGCGUCUCAGAGCCUUGGGGACCUGCCCUGGGGAGGUGGAUGGAUGCCCCCAAGGGGGACCUUCAACCAGAGGGGGGCCUCUCCAGAAGCUGCCGUAUACACUGGAAAAGGAGAAAGGGGCCGGACCCCCGAAGGCCCCUCUAGCUAAGGGGCGGAUGGCCCCUGCCUGCUACUCCCCCAGUCCCUCUGGAAGGGGCUGAGCAGCCUCGAGGAGCUGGGGGCCCUUCCCAGCUGCCUGACUUGCUUCCAGAGGCCCUUGGUUCUCCCCCUAAGACAGCCCCUUUUCUUUGGAGGGGCACAAGAUGGGGACGGAACCCCUUCCCUGGAACACUACGCUGCACCUGAAGCCUUAACACUGGACUGAGGGGAAGUCCAGAGGGGAGGUCGGGGUCACCCCCACCUCACUGACCAAUAGGGGGCCCCUGAAGCCACCCCCUUGCCCCUCUUCUUCCCCCGCUGGGGCUCAACACUGUAACUGGCUGGUUUAAGGGGGACCAAAACCUGUCUCAGGGAAUCACUGUCCGUCCUUCCCUGCCCGGGAGGGAGGCACGAGCGCAGUUAGGUGGUUGUGGCCCUGGGUGCGAGGGGAGGGGCCCGCGGGAUGCGCCCAGACCCAGACCCCGGCUCCCCUCACGGCCUCCAUGCUACUGAAACCAAAUAAACUCUUAAGCUGGC